UGUUGGUAAUAAAACACAAAUCCAUAAUAUGCCAGCUUUUUUGUACUCUUAUUUUUAUUUUAUGAUGACAAGCACAUUUUUUAUAACUGCUACAACUUCCGGUUUGAAGAAUUCAACAGCUUUUAAACAUUGUUUCGAGUAAACGUUGUUUCUGUUUUAAAAAAAAAACUUGAAACAAAGAAACGUUUUGUGAAUUGCAUUGCUAUUUACACAACGUUCGACAAAAGAAUAUACCCCCGGUCUAGGAUCAGUGUGAAAAGCACACACUUCCUUUAUCAGACCCCGCUAAUUUUAUCUUCCGGACAAGCACAGCAGCAUGGCAGCAGACAGCACAAUGUCUAAUGGAAAAGAAACAGCCUCUUUGGACGGAGAGCCAGCUUUCAAGCGACCUCGGGAGAGUGGACAGGUCGAGUCCAUGCGCACUACGAAGGAUCUUAGGGAGGGUGGACAUGUUGACUCCCUGCGGACUCCGGAGGAACUUAGGGAGAGUGGACAGGUCAAGUCCCUGCGCGCUCCGAAGGAACCUAGGAAUAAAGUAACCGUGGUUCUUGGUGCCCAAUGGGGAGAUGAGGGAAAAGGAAAAGUGGUUGACCUGCUAGCUAUGGAUGCCGACAUAGUAUGCAGGUGUCAGGGAGGCAAUAACGCGGGACACACUGUGGUGGUGGACUCUGUGGAGUAUGACUUCCACCUGCUGCCCAGCGGUGUGCUCAACCAGAAGGCGCUCUCAUUUAUUGGGAACGGAGUUGUGAUACACCUUCCUGGGCUCUUCGAUGAGGCUCAAAAGAACCUGCAGAAAGGCAAAGGCCUGCAAGGAUGGGAGGAGCGGUUAAAGAUUUCUGACCGCGCGCACAUUGUAUUCAACUUCCACCAAGCUGUGGAUGGGAUCCAGGAACAACAGAGGCAGCUGCAGGCGGGAAAGAAUUUGGGAACCACCAAAAAAGGCAUUGGACCUGCCUAUUCCUCUAAAGCUGCUCGCAAUGGGCUGAGAGUCUGUGACCUUGUGUCUAAUUUCAGCGCAUUUGAGGAGAAGUUCCGUGUGUUGGCAAAACAUUUUUUGGAUAUGUAUCCAAGCCUAAAUGUUGACAUUGAUAGUGAGCUGCAGCAACUGAAGGUUUAUGCUGAAAAAUUGCGCCCUCUUGUGACCGAUGGUGUGUACUUCAUGCACAAGGCCCUGAAUGGACCCAGUAAGAAGAUCCUGGUGGAGGGGGCCAAUGCAGCCCUCCUGGACAUUGACUUUGGUACUUACCCCUUUGUGACAUCCUCUAACUGUACUGUUGGUGGAGUUUGCACUGGCCUGGGUGUACCCCCGUCAUACGUCGGGCAGGUGUAUGGUGUGGUCAAGGCCUACACCACCCGGGUCGGUGUUGGAGCUUUUCCUACUGAGCUGGACAAUGACAUUGGCAGCUUGUUGCAGUCCAGGGGGAGGGAGUUUGGUGUGACGACGGGCCGGCGCCGGCGCUGUGGCUGGCUGGAUCUGAUUCUGGUCCGCUACGCCCACAUGGUCAACGGCUUCACCGCCAUUGCUCUGACCAAGCUUGACAUCCUGGACACACUGUCUGAGAUCAAAGUCGGUGUGGCAUACUUUGUGGACAGUGAGCCCCUCCCUAAUUUUCCAGCCAACAUGGACGUGCUGACCCACGUGACCGUGAAAUACGAGACACUACCUGGAUGGUGUUGCAGUACUGAGGACGUGCGCUGCUUUGAAGAGCUGCCCCCUCAGGCCCAAAAGUACAUCCGCUUCAUCGAGGACUUCUUGCAAGUGCCAGUGAAAUGGGUUGGAGUUGGAAAAUCCAGAGAGAGUAUGAUCAAGCUUUUCUGAUCAGUUGGGGUUUUGAAACCAAUGAUCCAUUUUGGUUUUUCACCAUCACAACUGCUGCUUGGGACAAUUGUUAUUUUGUUGAUGAAUACUUUAGACAACUAUAGACCUGAUGUCCCAAAGUGUGUUCUGCCGAAAAGGAGAAUCAUCACCAGCAAUGUUAUCCGUGAGACUUUGAGGAGUGUCUUGGAGGUUCAGUUUCACAAUAACUACUCUGAACAUUAACUGUAUAACCUGCAUUCCACAGCUUCUGUGAUGUGACAGAAUACAAAAAAUUUACUAAUAUGCUGUUCAUCUUUAGUGGCUAAUGGACAGGGAUCAAUCACCCCGCAGUAACCAUCACAGGCAUCCAUAAAGCUUUUUCAUUCCAUUUAGUUUUCUUGAAAUAGUAGUACAUGUUUUAAGACUCCAUGUGAGUUCAUGUUUUAUUUGGUAUCUUUUAAAGCAAGAUUUUAAAGAACUGUGUACUUUUUUUGUACAGAAUCUUUGAGUUGUGAUAUUAAGCCGAUGUUUAAAAGAAGCCUAAAAAGGAAAGCUGUUUAUAGGCAUGGUUUGAGAUUCAAAAGGGAUGCUUUCUGAAAGACGUUUUAUAUUGAUUGUUAAGGUUAUUAUGCACUCACAGACACACUGGCUGGAUUUUAGAUUAUUCUAAUCAUAGGGGAACACCAAGUUGAUUAUGUACCUUCAGUGACCAGUUUAUUAGGCGCACCCAUCCUAGUAUUGGGUCAAACCCUCCACAACAUCCUGAAUUCCUCAGGGUUGGCUUCUACAGUGUGAUACAUCCCACACAAAUGCUACAGAUUUGUUAGUGGUGCAGUCAUACUGCCAACAGUCUGGUCCAUCUCAUCCCAGUGACACUGUAUCGGGUUGAGGUCUUGGGAUGAUGCAGGCUACUUAAGUGAAUUAAACUUGAGAUUAUCUCAGACAAGACAUGCUUUGUGACAUGGGUGUUAUCCUCGUGGAGAAAACAUUGGGACAAAUGGUUAACCUUAUUUGUAACUGGGACGUACAAGUUAUGCAUUCAUACUUGGUUCAGUUCCAUGCAGUCACUUUUUUUUUGGUCAUUCUAACGUCACUCAAACGCACUAAUAUACGUAUCUGCUUGCUUUUUAAAGGUAGCCAUCUACCAUGCUGUAAGAGCGAUCCAUUUUGUUGACCCUGGUGUUAAACCUAAUAAACUGGCUACUGACUAUCUUAGAACUUCACAAUGUUUGCUUUUCAUAAACUUUAAAUCAGUGAAAUAGAAAAAGUUAACCGUAUUCUACUGACCUAAUUGAAACCAUAAAAUGAUAAAUAAAAGUCAGUGUCAUUUU